AUGGCUCGAAUUAGACAGACAUCUAACGUGCGUGCAUGGGGAGACAGGGCCACUAGAACAGCACUUUCUCCUAGGAGAAGAAAGAAUGUGGCUUCCCGUCCCCGCAUUCCCCGCGAGGAUUUUGAAGAUGACUCCUCUACCUCCUUAGACGAGGAGUUUGCAAAAAAUCUUCCUCCUAUGGUUCGGGGGAAGGAAGACGUCAAUCUGUUCCCGUCGGACAUCUUUCCCAGCAUGAAAUGGCUGCGGUACCUGAGGGAGCAGGGUCGCGAUUUUGAGCUUUUUCUGCUCUUGCCUCCAGGUUCUGCCAUGGAUCGCUUAUCUCCCAAAGACAAGGGUGUAGUGGAAGUACCCGCUUGGCUGUCCGAAGUAUAUACCGAGGACAUUCUCAAGGCUGUGGAGGCCAAGAAGAAGGACUCCUCCAAGAAGUCCAGUGAGGGUGGCUCUGGCGACGUCGCCAAGGAACCCAUCGUGCCGGCUACUAAGAAGCGUCCGGCAUCUUCGACGGAGGCUCCUAAGCCCAAACGACCCUUCUUCAAGAAGAUGGGUCCGGCCGACGCUGUCACCAAGCCGUCGGUACCAAAACCGUCCGCUCCCCCAGCUGAGGGGGAGGUUCCUCCUAUCCAGACGCCCAUUCCUCCUCCUGAGCAAAAGGAGAUUCCAUCCCAGAUGGACACCGAAAUGGAUGGUUCUGCCGGAGCAGACACUGACGAGGCGACAGUCGAUCAGACUGCGGCGGCUGACGCCCCCGCCUUGUCCAGAGAGGACAAGGGUAAAGGCAAGGAGACCGAGGCUCCUUCUACUGAUAAUGCCUCUACUCCUCUUGCAGCUUCGCCAAUUGGUUAG